CGUAAAACUAGUGGCAGUAAGUGACAAUUGGCAGCAUAAUUUCCUGAACAUGGUCACCUUGUAGGACCCACGAUCACUAAGUAGCGUUUAUAACUUCGUGCUCGUAGAUAGCAGACUACUACUAGUAGUGGAAGUCAGAAUUGAAGCCUUUUUUUAAGGGACAGACGAUCAAGGAUCCUGCUGAAACGGAAUAUAAAAUAUUUAUGGGUCUGAUGAUGCUUAGACACCCCAUGUUCAAGUAUUAUCAUGUUAAAUCGGAAGCUUCUGUCCUGAGAACCCAACCGAGGCAGAUGAGUGCACGUGACCAGUUCCAGCCCCGUGUGGGAUCUAGCUGACUAUGUCCAAAUUCCUAUGAAACUAACUAAGAUACAUGACAGUGAAAUUUCAAUCGUAAUGUCUGUCGUGAUCCUCCCUUCCCGCCAUGAUAUACGGACUGAAUACAUUGCAUCCUGCUCAAUGUCAAAUGCAGUGUUGAGAGAAGCGGAGGAUGGCGGCAGAGUGGAUCCAUCCGCGUCCAGUUGUUGGGAAUCUUGGGAUAACCCCGAAUCCAAGAAUGUUCGGUGGAGCCCACCAGCCGCGGCAGAAGGCAGUAGAAGGUGCAGAAGGUCCCAGCGAGGCGAGCGAUUAUUGACACGAUUAAUGCAUCCUUGCCGACCGGCGGGCCGCGUCGGAGCCCUGCGCGAUGAGGCAGAAAGUCUAGAGCAUCCCUUCGAAAGUCUAGAACUGCCUCAAGGGAUAAAUCAUGGACGUGUCAUUGUGUUUUGGGGUCCGAUCGGAGGUCGAUGGAAGAAUGAUCAUCACGCAGAGCAAUUGAUCGGGCAUCCGGAGUUACACCGAUGCCCCCAGGCGAAAUGGCAUCUUCACGACUUCUCUCCCCUUCUUCAUCAUCGGGAUGGAGAGCGGGCUCGCCCCGCUGCAGAUAGUAUGCGAUCGGACGACGUCUACAGAGGAUAAGGCGGGUUGCUCGGCGACUUUUAUACUCUUGAACCUGUCUGCGAGUCCGACGCUGCGGGAUCUUGCUUGGAUGUCGCCCGAAGUUCUUUGCAUGCAGCUCCGAUCUUGUCAAAGUCUUCUACAAGUGU